ACGCAAUUAAAUGCUCUCAUACUACUAGUCCAUCGUAAUCAACAUGGCGCCCUUUAUGCACAACGGCCCCGAAGACGAGGAAUCCUCUUCCUCCACCACAACACUGGCUUCAGCCAAGUCUCAAUCCCAAUCCCAGCCACCCACCCUCACCUCUCUCCUCAGCUCCCUGCACGCCGACCUUCUAAGCCAGGCACACCGCAUUCCCGCUGACCUUCGGACCCUCCGUGAAAUCUCCCAGACCGGACUGAAUGGCGGCUUGAUCGAUGAUAGGAAGUAUCUCAUCGAAAAUAUAAUCCAAGUCGCUGCGUCCUUGCCAAAUACUUCAGGCCUGAGAAACAAACUCACAGAUACAUUUGUCUCAACGCUCUGGAAUAACCUGCAGCAUCCCCCUCUGUCGUAUCUGGGCGAUGAGUUCCGCUAUAGACGUGCGGAUGGGAGCUUUAAUAAUAUUAUGUACCCCCAUCUCGGGGCAUCAGGGAGUCACUAUGCGCGGACCGUGACACCCAAGCAUCCACGACCAGCGGUCUUGCCCGACCCCGGGCUUAUUUUCGACACAUUGUUGGCCCGUCAAGGGCCCGCAAGAGAACAUCCUACCAAAGUCUCAAGCAACCUAUUCUACCUCGCUACUAUUAUAAUUCACGAUCUCUUCCACACUGACGAACUAAACCCCACCACCGUCAAAAACUCCUGCUAUCUCGAUCUCGGCCCACUCUACGGCCACAACCAGGCUGAGCAGACCCAAGUGAGGACCUUCACAGAUGGACUCUUAAAACCAGAUACCUUUGCCGAAAAGCGCCUUCUCUCGCAGCCCCCUGGCGUCUGUGCGCUUCUGGUCGCAUUCAACCGAUUCCAUAACUACGUUGUCGAAGAGUUAGCAAGGAUCAACGAGGCAGGGAGAUUCGACUUGCCAGUUGGGAGUGAAGAGAAAUCACCAGAUUAUGUCUGGGCUCUCGGGAAGAGAGAUGAGGCGUUGUUUCAAACGGGGAGACUGAUAACGUGCGGUCUGUACGUCUCCAUAAUCCUAAACGACUACCUGCGCACAAUCCUCAACCUCAACGACAAUCCGCUCAAUUCAGAUUGGACGAUCGACCCGCGCAAGACUAUACCGGCUUUCGAUUCUGAGGGGCUUCCUCAGGGCGUCGGAAAUCAGGUCUCCGCUGAGUUCAAUAUGAUAUACCGCUGGCAUGCGGCGAUCAGUGACCAUGAUGAAAAGUGGGCGAACGAACUUGCGACUAAGGUUUUUGGCGGGAGGGUAGAUGUGAGCACAUUGUCCGUGGAACGAUACUUCGCCGGGCUGAGACAGUACCUCGAUAAAGCAGCUCCGGAUGAGCCAUCGGCAUGGACAUUUGGAGAGUUGCAGAGAGAUAAAGAAGGAAAGUUUUCAGAUAAAGAUUUGGUGAAAUUAUUGCAGGAUGGGUGUGAGAAUGUGGCUGGAGCAUUUGGCGCUCUAAAUACACCCAAAGUAAUGAGAGCCAUCGAAAUACUUGGGAUCCAACAGGGCAGGGAUUGGGGUCUAGCCACGCUGAAUGAGUUAAGGACGUUCUUUAAACUGAAACCGCAUGCAACUUUUGAGGAGGUCAAUUCUAACCCUGAGGUUGCCGAAGCGCUGGAAGCACUAUACGGGCACCCUGACAACAUUGAACUCUACGUAGGCGUGCAAGCUGAAGAAGCCAAGAAACCCUUCCUCCCUGGCUCAGGUCUCUGUCCUGGCUUCACAAUCUCAGUAGCUAUUCUAUCUGACGCCGUUGCUCUCGUGCGCGGAGACCGCUUCUACACGGUUGACUAUAGUCCGGCCAAUCUGACGAAUUUCGGAUUCAAUACGGCAGAGUCCGAUUUUAACGUUGCAGGUGGUGGUGUUAUGUACAAGUUACUCAUGCGGGCGUUCCCGGGCUGGUACAGCCCUAACAGCGUCUACGCUCUGUAUCCGUUUACAACCCCGGAGAAGAACCAAGAGGUCUUCAUCAAGAAUGGCCGGGCUGAUACCUUGGACUUUAAGAGGCCGUCGUUCACUAAGCCGCCUGUGCCUGUUACGACGUGGAGAGGCGUUGUUGAUCUAUUGAGUGAUCAGAAAAAUUUCCAUGUCCCUUGGGGCGAACAUACCUUCCAGCUUAUCAAGCAUGAUUACAUGCUCAGCGGGGAUUCCGUAGCAAACGCAGAACAGCGCACGUUCGUUGCAGAACGGCUGUAUAGGCCGUCCGAUACACUAGAUCAAGUGCGGCAGUUCUACGAGUCCAUUACAACGGAUCUCAUCAAACGAAACAGCAAAAAGCUUGGAGGCUCGUACCAGGUUGAUAUUGUACGAGAUGUCGGAAACCUCGCACACGCGUACUUCUGCUCCGAGUUCUUCGAUAUGCCCGUCAAAGGCGUAAACCAUGCCCCAUCCGACGCAUACACAGUCAAAGAGCUAUCGGAUGCGCUUUUCCUACUAUUCGGCUACGUCUUCCUAGACGUUGACCCGCCACAGUCAUACAGGAACCGUCUCGUGUCAGGCAAAGAGACCGAGCGCAUGGGCGAAGUCAUGACGAAAGUCGUCUCAGGCUCAUCUGGGCACCUAUUCAGCCACCCUUCACGGCUCUUCGGCCGCAAUAAGUCGAAAUUGACUGGGUUUGGGCCCGAGCUAGUAAAGAGAUUGCGUGAGGGAGGGAAGAGUGUUGAAGAGGUUGUUUGGACGAUUAUCCCCACUGCUGCGGCGGCUUGUGCUACUCAAGCUCAGGGAUGGGCACAAUUACUGGAUUUCUACCUCUCAGACAAGUACGCAGUCCACUGGCCGGCAAUCCGGAGCCUAGCACAGUCGGAAGACCCUGAGGCGUUCGAGAAGCUUAAGAAAUACGCUCUUGAGGGAUUUCGCCUCUCCACUCCAGCCUUCGGCGUCCUUCGCACGGCAGUAAAAAACACCACCAUUAGAGACGGAACAUCCACAAAGUCAGUCGAGAAAGGAGACACCAUUUUUGCUGACUUCAUCACGGCCGGUCUCGACCCGGACCAGUUCCCUGAUCCGGAGGAGAUCAAGCUCGACCGGCCGUUUGAUCGCUAUAUCCACCAUGGCUGGGGCCAGCACUCAUGUCUGGGCCGAGCAAUUGUCACCACUGCUGGUGCUUGUGUGCUGCGUGUCCUCGGUAGAUUGGACAAUGUCCGGCGCGCUCCUGGGCCUCCGGGGGAGAUGAAGAGUAAGAUGGUGAACGGGGCGUUCAAGAUGUAUUUGCCUGAGGAUGGGAGCGAGUGGACGCCUUUCCCUUGUAAUAAAAAAGUGAUCUUCGAUGGGAUGGAUGGACUCCGCGGAUAAGAUAGUUAGGGCAAACUCUUGGAACCAUCUGAUGGUCAUGCCACGAACGUUCCGGAUAUUCUGGAUAUGAAAAGAAAAGCACAUGCUUGACUCACUUAAUUCAUGACACAACGACAUUAGCC